CGAAACUGCCGUCGGAAAGCAUCAUCAGGCAGAAAAAAUUAUCCCAUUCGGCUGCGUCCCUGCACAGCCACCUCAUCGCGCCUGCCUCUUACUGCUGUUCUUAUCCUCUGCCCUGCAGCGACUAGUAUACUGCUAGUCCUCGGUCACCGCAUAUUGCUUCGCGUGGUUGGGUCCAGCUCACACUUCCCACCAUGGUUGCCGACACCACUUACUACGACGCCCUUGGGGUGCCGCCCACUGCGACGGAACUCGAGAUCAAGAAGGCCUACCGGAAACUCGCCAUCACCACCCAUCCCGAUACAGAUAAGAACCCCGGGGAUGAGACUGCGCAUGCGCGCUUUCAGGCGAUCGGUGAAGCCUAUCAGGUUCUCAGCGAUGAAGAGCUGCGCAAGCGCUACGAUAAGUUCGGAAAGGAAGAUGCGGUUCCCGGUGGUGGCUUCGAGGACCCCUCGGAGUUCUUUGGCAUGAUCUUCGGUGGCAAUGCCUUCGUCGACCUUAUCGGCGAAAUCUCCCUCAUGAAAGACUUAACCACGACCAUGGACAUCACGAUGCAGCAGAUGGAGGAGGAGGAACUGGCCGCCUCCGCCGAGGAGAAGCUUAACAUCCACGAACAGGAGACCGAGGCUGGUGCCACAGAGGGUGCCACAGAGGGUGCCACAAAGGGUUCCACGGAAGGCGCUGCCGCCGCGUCCACAUCUGCGUCCGAGAAGCCCGCCGCCGAAUCCGUCAGCUCGGGCACUAGCACGCCCCGCCGCUAUAUGGGCCAGCAGGCCAUCAUGGACAAGUCGGAGGAAGAGGCUCGGAUGGAGGCAGCUGGUCUGUCGCCGGAGGAGAAGGAGCUGCGUAAGAAGGAGAAGAAGAAGGGCCUAUCCCGGGAGCAGCAGGAGCGCCUGGCUGCCUACGAGCUGGAGCGCAAGAAGGCCCGCGAAGAGCGAGUCAACACCCUGGCGACCAAGCUGGUGGACAAGAUCAGCGUGUGGACGGAGACCGACAAGGGUCAGGAUGUGACUCGAGCCUUCGAGGAGAAGAUCCGGCUGGAGGUGGAGAACCUGAAGAUGGAAUCGUUUGGUCUGGAGAUCCUGCACGCGAUCGGCGCCACCUACGUCCAGAAGGCGACCUCCUUCCUGAAGUCUCAGAAAUUCCUCGGGAUCUCUGGGUUCUUUUCCCGCCUGAAGGACAAGGGCACGUUGGCUAAGGAGACUUGGACCACCAUCUCGACGGCCAUUGACGCGCAGAUGACCAUGGAGGAGAUGGCCAAGCUGGAGGAGCGCGGCGGCGAGGACUGGACAGACGAGAAGAAGGCAGAAUACGAAAAGAAGGUUACGGGCAAGAUCCUGGCGGCGGCGUGGCGGGGCAGCAAGUUCGAGAUCCAGAGCGUUCUCCGCGACGUGUGCGACCAGGUGCUCGGCGACAAGCGCAUCAAGCUGGAGAAGCGUGUGGAGCGCGCCCAUGCAUUGGUGAUUGCAGGCAACAUCUACGCCAAGGCCGAACGUGACCCCGAGGAAGAGGGUGACUUCAUGGCGUUCGAGCAGCUCAUGGCGGAGUCGAUGACGAAGAAGGGCAAGGAGGACAAGAAGAAGAAGAAGGGUAGCAAGCACGAGCACGAGCAUGAGCACGAGCACGAGGAAGCCACGGCCUAGAUACCAUCACUUUAUCUUUUUUGCGUGUUUUCCUUUGAUCUGGAGGCCCAGACUGGAUAGUUGGAUAGGGCUGUUACUAGCGUUUGACCUGCACAUCUACGGGUAUGAUUAGAUGCAAUAGAUUGUGGUGUGAUUACUCUGCUGCGUUGACCUUUGACU